GGCUCAUAAGUUUUUAGUGUUUGCCAUCCAUACCAUCUCACAAUUUCGGAUGGUUUGAUAUAUAUAUUUUCCGUACAAUUUUUUUUGUUGUUGGUUCCAUCAUCAUCAUCCGUUCGUUCGUUUAUAUUCCUUUUUGCAUGGGGUGGAGGUGGCGUACUAUGCACACACACUCCUGAUGCGAAUAUAAAUUUUGUAACUACCACUUGCUACCAUUUCUACCAACCGCAAAGUGUUAGCAAUUGUUAUUUCGCCCGAAUAAACUAUUGGUAAAUUACUUCGGGUGUAUUUUCCAAAUAAUGAGGAGUGUGUGUUGUUUGGCUGCUGUUUAUUGUUUGUGUUAACAGAAAAUAUCUAUUUUGUGCUCGAUAAUUCAAUCACCGAUAUAUCAUUGAAGAAAAACCAGUCAUGAAUCCACAUCAAGCGUACAAUUUUCAUAACAUGGGUUCACCGCCUCCACCAAUGUCAAUACAUCCCGGACCAGCUAGUAGUCCAUCGCAAAGUGUUCCCGGACGUAGAACACCGUUGGGAACUGUUGGCCUAGGCGGUUUCUAUGCACAAGGUCAUUCGGGUGGUGGAACCACUCAUGUUCACACGGAUGAAAAUAGACCAUCGGGUGGAAGUAGUUCGACGAGAUCGCCGAAUCAUCCAUCCGUUCCGUCAACAUCCGGAUCGAAUAAAACAAAAAAUCGUCAAGGGAAAACGGUUCGGCUAAAUAUAAAUGCACGGGAACGUCGUCGAAUGCACGAUUUAAAUGAUGCCUUAGACGAACUGCGCAGCGUCAUACCAUACGCUCAUUCACCGUCCGUUCGUAAAUUAUCAAAGAUUGCCACAUUGUUGUUGGCCAAAAAUUAUAUUUUAAUGCAACAAAAUGCGCUAGAGGAACUGAGAAGACUGUUGGCCUACAUUCAAAGUACAACCGGUGCAGCACCCUUGGAUCUGGGAUCGUUUCCGGCAGCGGCAAAACUACAACAGUUACUGCAAGCACCGCAUCAGGAUCCACCAGAAAAUUAAUAGAAUUAAGAAGAAUUUUAUUUUUUUGAUUUCGUUUUUUUUUAGUGUGUGAAACGUUCAAAUUCGAAAGCAGUCAAAUAAGUUGAGUGUAUGUUUACAAGUACAAGUAGAAGAUAUUUAUACCGGAGGAAUGAUAACAGAGGUCGUUGCUUCCUAUCAUUUCUCUGAUUAUUUUUUCCAACAUUAAUUGCGUUGCUCAUGAUUUUCGACAAUUUUUUUUUUCUUUCACAAAAACAUUUUCUAGUCAAAAGUGAUAUGAAAAUUUAUUCCUAGGAUUAAUAAGACAUUCUGUGAAGAAUUCGAUACUAUAUAUGAGAAAAGAAUUGGAUAGCAAUAAAGAAUUUUUAAUGAGUUUUGCUGUCAAUG